AUGGGCACAAGACAAAAGGGCAUAUUAAAGGACUGGAAGCCGAGACCCAUCAAGGGCUGUAGGGCUAAAGAAGAAGAAGAAGAAUUAGAAGAAGAAGAAUUAGAAGAUGAGGAAGAAGAAUUAGAAGAAGAAGAGGAAGUUGAAGAAACACGCAAACAAAGAGUAAAUAAAGACAUUAAAAAAUAUUUAUUCGAGUACGAAAAAAAAACAAGUUCUAGGGGCAUAUUAAAGGACUGGAAGCCGAGACCCAUCAAGGGCUGUAGGGCUAAAGAAGAAGAAGAAGAAUUAGAAGAAGAAGAAGAAGAAGAAAAAUUAGAAGAUGAGGAAGAAGAAUUAGAAGAAGAAGAGGAAGUUGAAGAAACACGCAAACAAUGAGUAAAUAAAGGCAUUAAAAAAUAUUUAUUCGAGUACGAAAAUAACCAAGUUCUAGGGGCAUAUUAAAGGACUGGAAGCCGAGACCCAUCAAGGGCUGUAGGGCUAAAGAAGAAGAAGAAGAAUUAGAAGAAGAAGAAGAAGAAGAAGAAGAAGAAUUAGAGGAUGGGGAAGAAAGAAGAAGAAGAGGAAGUUGAAGAAACACGCAAACAAAGAGUAAAUAAAGACAUUAAAAA